AUGGAAAAUAAUUUCACUAUGAAUAUUACUGCUAAAGCAUCUUCAGCUUAUGAAGAACUUCCUAUAUCAUAUCCAGUUCGAUUUUGGAUUUAUCUCCUUUCCGAGGUUAUAUCUUUACCAUGUUGUUUAUUUACUUUAUAUCAAUUUUUAUCCAAUCGAAAUCUUCGUGAAGCAUUGAACAACCAUUUGAUUAUACUUAUACUUUUAAUUGAUUUAGUUUUGGAAACUUUUCUUUUCCCACUUAUUAUUCAUUAUUAUCGCCUUGAUGGAAAUUGGCAAGUAUCACGACCAUUUUCUAAACUUUGGUCAUAUACAAAUUUCGGAUUUUUUCCAACCCAAACAAUUGUUUUUGCUUGGUGUACUAUUGAAAGACAUAUACUCAUCUUUCAUAAUCAUUGGGUUUCAACAACAAAAAAACGAAUUCUAAUACAUUAUAUUCCUUUAAUAGUUAUUCCUUUAUAUUGUCUAAUAUAUUAUGCUGUUAGUGUCUUUUAUUCAUAUUCAAUUUGUGAAUAUGUUGAUGUUCAAUCAACAGUUGUGGGUAUUUAUCUACCUUGUUUUAUAUUAAUUCCAAUACAUUUUAAAGUCGAUUUAAUUCUUCAUCAAAUAAUACCGAUAUUAAUUAUCAUUAUUUCAACAUUUGCAUUGUUCUUCAGAUUUUUACAUCAAAGAGUUCGCAUGAAACAAUCAUUGCAAUGGAAAAAGCAAAGAAAAUUAAUUAUUCAAGUUUUAUCCAUUUUUAUUAUCUUCGGUAUUUUUCAAUUUCCAUGGACAAUCUUACAAUUAUGUAGUCUAUUUGGUUUAUCAUUAGAUUCAUUGCAAGUCACUCAAAAUUUCAUGUUCUUCUUUGAUUGUUAUGUUGUAUUUCUCUUCCCAUUUGUUUGCUUGGCAACACUACCUGAAAUUGAAAAGAAAUUUCAAAUAUUCUACUUUUGGAGAAAGCAACAAAGAACAAUUGUUCCUGCUCAAGUACCGAAUCAAAAUGAAACGUAUUAA